GAGACGAAUAAAGUUUGUUUUUAAAAAGCGACAGAGGAGCGAGCCGGAGCCGGAGCCGGAGCCGCGAGCGCGCGGGGGCGGCGGUGGGGCCGGCGCGGGCUGCGCUGCAUGUAAUGUUCAGGGUCAGAAAUGCCUUAUGUGGAUCGUCAGAAUCGCAUUUGUGGUUUCCUAGACAUCGAAGAAAAUGAAAAUAGUGGGAAGUUUCUACGGAGGUACUUCAUACUGGACACAACAGAGGACAGUCUGGUAUGGUACAUGGAUAAUCCACAGAACCUUCCUGCUGGAUCUCCGCCUGUUGGAGCCCUUAAACUUACCUACAUUUCAAAGGUUAGCGAUGCAACUAAGCUAAGGCCAAAGGCAGAAUUCUGUUUUGUAAUGAAUGCAGGGAUGAGAAAAUAUUUUCUACAAGCCAAUGAUCAACAAGACCUGGUAGAAUGGGUAAAUAUUCUGAACAAAGCUACCAAAAUCACAGUACCAAAGCAGUCUGAUUCACUGUGUCAGUCUGAUAACCCAAAUCGCCAAAUUGAAAGUCCAGCUGGAAAGAAGCAAGUGUCUUAUAGAACAGAAAUUGUUGGUGGUGUUCCUAUUAUUACCCCUACACAGAAAGAAGAACUAAAUGACUGUGGUGAAGGAGGUGACAGGAACUACUUGAAACGAUCUCAAAGCCACCUUCCUUACUUUACUGCUAAGCAUCCCUCAGAUAAUGCUGUUAUCAAAGCUGGCUACUGUGUUAAACAAGGAGCAGUGAUGAAGAACUGGAAGAGGAGGUACUUUCAAUUAGAUGAAAAUGCAAUUCGUUAUUUCAAAUCUGAAUUGGAAAAAGAACCUCUCCGGCUUAUACCACUUAAAGAGGUCCAUAAAGUCCAGGAAUGUAAACAAAGUGAUAUAAUGAUGAGAGACAAUCUCUUUGAAAUUGUAACAGCUUCUCGAACGUUUUAUGUGCAGGCAGACAGUCCAGAGGAUAUGCACAGCUGGAUAAAAGCAAUAUCUGGUGCCAUAGUAGCACAGCGGGGACCUGGAAGAUCAGCAGCUUCUGAGCAUCCCGACUCUUCUUCAGAAUACGGCUGCGCUGUCUGUUCUGCCAACACCACAGCAGCCGCCUCACAUUCCACAGCCUCUCGCAACAACAGUCUGGUCUCCAACCUUAACUCCAAACACUCUGUCUUGGAGAAGCGAGGAUUUCACGAAUCUUUUACCAAGACCAAGCCAGGGAACUACAAGGUCCAGACUGUCCCUACAAGAGAACCAGCUUCCAGAGUGACUGUGCAGGGCCUAUUAGAACCUCAAAGUAAAAAUGGCACUCAGGAACAGGAUCCUGGCCCAGUGGAUCUGGAUGAUGCAAACCUUCCAGUCAGUGAUGUGUAAUAAUGGAAGUGUUUGGAGAAUGAUCCAUUUGCUUGGUCCUUAUAAUUCCCUUGCUCAGACUUUUAGCCAAAGAAGAUUAUAAGAAGAACGAACAAAGAGAAUGGAACACUGAUUGUUUUGCAUAUGUGUGUGUGUGUGGACACUCACACGUAUAAUUAUAUAUAUGUUUAAAUGAUUAUAUACUGCCUUUUAAAUGAGGGUUAGAAAUGGACCUUUAUGCUUCUUCUCAAAGCCUGAUGGUUUAUCACUUACUAGGGAGGGGCCAAAAAUAUGUGAUUCAAAAAUGUACUGCUGCCAGUAAACCAGGUACCAGCACUCUUCCUCCUCAAAUUGGCAAACCCAAAACUGCAUUAAAUAUUUUAAUGCUAUGCUGUGGAAAAUGUAUUGCCAACAAAUAUGAUUAUUUAACUUUGUUAUAAACUAGAUUAAGAUUUUAGACAUAUGUGAGAAUUGUUGCCCUGCUGUUUAGAAAAGGUUGGUCUGACUUUUUCAGAUUUUGGGGUAAGUUCAAAAAAGUUUUUGUUCUUACAAGAUCAGCAGUAUCUAUAGAAAUAUUAUCAAACUAAGAAUUCUGAACUCCCUUAGAAUUCCAAAUAUAUGGUGCUGUAAAAUUUGCAUUAGAAUACUAUUUUGAAUAGUAAGCCUAUUUUUGAUGCACUCCUAAAGGUGGGUUGCUAUUUUUUGCACAUUUGGAUUUUAAUGGACCACCUGAAAUGGUAUUUUGGAGGGGGAGAAGGGAAAUCAGACUAUUGCAUCUUAGACCUUUGAAUUAAACAGGUUUUAUAUUGUAUUACAUUAGACUUUGCAGCAGUUGUUUUAUUAAAUGUCUAAAGUUAUUGUUUAAGAUUUACUUAUUUGAGAUUUGGUUUUCUUAUCAGCGAUCUGUGAACAGUUCUUGCUUCUGUAUUUCAAUUGGUGGAAGACCUUAUUUAGUUUGUCAUAAUUGGUACUGAACUGUUCAUAGUCAUGCAAUUGUGGCCUGUAACUUUUGGUGCACUAAUAAUCUAAAGUGCCUGUGGUUUUUUUGUUUGUUUUCUCUUCAUUGUUAAAUGUUUGAGGUUAGGUGUAUACACAGACCUUACUCUAAUGAUUUUGAACCUUGGGUUGAAAUUCUUUUGAGUAGCAUAGUUCAAAACAACUAUUUAAAAUAAAAAUUCUCAUGCUAGGGAUACCAGCAUAUUGGUGUUGCAUCUACUAGCUGUGCAAUAUGUGUUUUUUUUAAAAACUGAAUAUUUGUUAUACAUGACUGUGUUAUGGGGCUUCAGUGAUACAAGUGAAAAAUCUCAGAAGCUUUACAUUUCAAAUAUUUGAGUAGAUUAAACAUGUAUUAUUCCAUAGUUAAGUUUUGAAAAUGUUUGCUUCGACCAAAAACCCUACGUAUUUCUCAUGAUGCUGCUUAUUGUGAUUCAGAUUUUCUAGUUUUUCCAUACUGUUUGUCUUCUGGAACUUAAGUUACAUAUCACAAAGUCGCAACCAUCUCUCCAGCUUCCAAACUGACUUCUUAACUGAAAGACUCAGAUGGCUUUAUUUUAUGAACCUACUGAUUUGAGAGUAGAGAAGUUGAUUUAAUGCAAGAAUCAGCUAUGAGUGAGUUUGAAAACCAUUAAUUAAAUAUGCACCUUCAGUUUUUUAUCCAUAAGCUAAAUGCUGUUUUGAGACGAUGGUAUUUGUAAAUUACACUCUUCAUUUGUCUCUCUAAGUAUAUGUGAAAACUAGCACAGAAUUGAAAUUUAUUGUACAAGUCUCGACUCGUAUUAUAGAUUUUAUCUUGUAUCAAUAUAAGACAAUGGCUCUUUAAAAGCUUAUUUUUGACAAGUUGAACUGUGUGGAAGACACUUUGCAUUGCAAUAUUUUUACUGUAAUUCUAACAUCUAAAAUCAUUUGCUCUGGUACAGCUUUCACACUGCAUGUUCAUUUUACUAUAUUUUAGUAUUGGAAAUCUUACAUAUGGGGUGGAGGUAAAACAGCUCCAUGAUGGAACUAUAGAAAACAUAGAGCUACCUUUGUAGUUCAGUAGCAUAGGAAAAUAUUUGUUGUUGGUAAUUGUCAGGGUCUCCUAUUUAUCAGUGCUUUUAUAAAUCUAUGGAAUUGUUAAAUUAUUUUAGAACCAGUGCUGUUUCCUGUAAAUAUGUCACAUUUAAUUUGUCAAUAAAUCGGUUUAAUUGUCAAUAAAUUGGAUAUCUUAA